UCCUAGUUGACUUGCAUAACGUAUAGAGAUCUGCUCUCUGUGAAAAGAUGGUUGGCUUAUGCAUCCAGGUGUUGGCCGUGCUGGUUGCCUGUACAGCUGGCACAGAGAAUAGAGAUGUUUCAUACACAUUUAGAGCUUGGAAUACGGAUGACCAGCCUUUACCGGAGCAGCUUGCUUUUGUGUAUAAGGAGAUGGAAAACUUAAAACAUGAACAAACAUUAAUGAAACAAAAGCAAGAAGCCAUUAGCCAGGCAUUACUGCACUGUUCGCAGAUGCCUGUUGAUACAGAUAUGGAGAUGAAUUUGACAUCACUACAAAGUGGCAGCAGUCAUCUGCUAUAUACUCUCACCCAGGAUGGAGAUGAUGGCUCUGGUGAGGAAGACAGUGAUGAGAGUUCUGACCCCUGCUAUCACUAUACCGUGCUGGACCAGAAUUGGAGAGCCACUAACUAUAGCACCAAGAAUGUUGUUUGUGACCGUCAUGUACAGUGGAAGGGCUGGUACCGUCUCUUCUACCAUGGAAAAAGCAUCCAGAUGCCUGAGCUGUGUGUCAAGAAAGACAUGUGUGGUACACACGCUCCACUGUGGCUUGUUGGUGGGCACCCACGGAUACGAGAUGGAGUGGUCACCCGCAAGGUGUGUGGAAGCUGGAAAAAUGAAUGCUGUUUGUUCAAAUCUCCUCCCAUUCAAGUAAAAGCAUGCAGGGGAAAUUACUACGUCUACAAGUUCGUUAAGCCAGUAACAUGCCAUUUGGCGUACUGUGCAGAUAUUAACACCCUUGUUUGUGGAAAAUGCAAAAAACAUGAGUCUUGUAUCAGCAGAGACAAAAUCACCUGGAUGUGUAAGAAAAACAAAAUAAGAGUGAAAGCAAAUGUCCAUUUUUUCGCCUCCUACCCGGCCCACAUCUCAGGAAAAGUGAACAAGAUUGUGUUCAGAAAAGUCUAUGUGAAUCAAGGCGGGGCUUUCAACAGUCGCACCGGGAUAUUCAGAGCUCCAGUUUCAGGUGUCUACCAAUUCUUCUUCUCCACACAGACUGGAGGUAGUGGGGUGACUGACCUGUGGCUUGUUGUAAACGGUUACUGGGUAGCUAUGUGCCAUAGCAAUAUUCAGGGCCCAAACUCUGUUGGGAAUCUAUCAACAUACAUGACGACUCUGCGCAAGGGUGCUAUGGUUUAUGUGACCCAUAACAAUGGUCGCUCUUGGGCCAACGCUUCAUCCAACACCAUCAUUUUUGGAGGUUCAUUACUUAUGGUGAGAAAAAUCUAAGAAAAUGUUGGUUCAAAAUAGAAUGUAGUAUGAACAUUUAUAGUUUAAGAGGCCACUUUAGUAGCACACCUAAAUGUAGGUAUGACUUUAUAUGUUACAACUGCAGUAAAACAUGUUCUACUAAAUCUACUAUUCAUUGUUUUGGUUGUUUUGAUGGAUGCGUACUGUAUAAAGAUUUAUUUCUAAAGUUUAUCUUCUCUUUGAAACCUCUGAGCUACUAAAAUUCAACUUCAAUU